AUGACCUUCAACAUCCCUCCGUUUUCAACAUCCCUCUUGUCUUCGCUACUGCCUCUCAAUCUCCUUCUACCAUGCGUCCCGUUUGCGUUGAGCACAUUGACAUGUUUCAGCGUCCAGGUUUAUUGGGCCACCCUAGUCCUUCUCGCCCGCCUCGCCAUCAUGCUAGUCCUGCCCGCCCCCUUAGUGCCUUUCGUCACAAUUCCCCUGACCGUAUCAGUGGUCCUGCCCGUUCCUCUACCGCCACGACCUCACGCCGAAGCUCUCCAUACCCUACCACCUCUCCCCGCCGAGACAAAGCACCACAUCUUCGUCAACCGCUUAAAUAGUGACUUGUCGAGUAGUGAGGAAGACGACAACGACGACGAGGAGGAAGACCAGGAAGAAGUAAGAAUGGAAACAGACACGGAGACCAUAGAGUCUGACGCAGACUCGGAUAAACCCAUAAACGUUCAUGUUCGUCAGAACAACAACUUCGAAGUUGAAUCUGAUGCCGAUGUUGAUGGUUUCAUGGACGAUUCUGACGACGAAGACACGAAACCUGAUGGAACAUCUAAAAUACGCAAACCACCAGGCGAAGUUGGAAGACCCAAUAGUGGAGGUUACAGUCUUGAGAAAUUUCUGAAUUGGCCAGCCUCGAAAUACCACUCAGUCAUGGCUUUUGUAAAGAAGCAAGUACAUGCAGAAUUCAACUGUGCCCUUUCUCUAACUGAACAAUUGCCGGAAAACCGGGAGAGAGUUUGGAGAAAUUGCCUAAAAAAAUUUCCUUGGCUCGAUGACUACCAUAGGCUGUGGCCUGUGGAUGAUUUCGCAGUCAGCCGUCUCAAAUAUGCAAAAUCGGUUAUAAAGAAGAAAGAACGUGAGGCACUUCUCGAAAAAUGUUGUGAUAAGUCUGAAGCCAAGGGGCCUCGGAAGACAAAGAACCAAAGGAGGAAGACGUCAGUUCGCGCUAGUGCACGUCUCGGGAGAAGAGAGUGA